CAAGCAGGCUUAGAAAGCCUUAAUCAGUGACGUGUGCUUGAGAACCCGUAGUUGCAUGAUGCGACUCUUGCUCCUCGUGCUUUUUCUUUCUUCAGCCACCUGCAGCCGGAUGGGGCACCUGGAGCUGACGCUUCCUGGAAAGGGACAGAAAUGCACCAGAGAGCCACGUCGGGUACGCCUGCAUUCCUUCUGAACUCGCCGCCUGCUUGUGUGGGAAGAAGGAUUCGAUGCAGCAACAGGGUUGCUGUGCCGAGGGCUUGGUUUGUGACAAGGAUUCAUGGACGUGUGAGAUAGCCCUUGGGGAGCCAUGCCAGCGGAAGGAGAUCAAGAGGUUCUUCAAGAAGAACAUCAAGCCGGAUAAGUGCGGGGACAACUAUCGCGGACGCUGGAUCACCUGCGGGCAUCCAGACCCUCAUGGUGUGUCCCAUUGCUGCGUGAAGAGCUGGGUGCUGCAGGAGAAGGGGACCUAUUACAGGAAGGCAAAAGGCACGGAAUUUUACGAAAGCGCUGUUUCUUUUAGUCCUGUGGGAUUCCACAGGGGAAAUGCUCACCUUCCACUUGAGCUCAAUUCCUCUCGGACAUGCUGCAGUGAUUUCGCCUACAUCUACCCAGAUGGAUACGUGGCUUGCGCCGAUGACACCUAUGAGAACAAGAAGAUCGCACAAAAAUACGAACUCAAGGUCUUGACGACCUAGCUGCAGCAUGGCUGAUGUGCUGAAAGCGGAAAAAAGCCGCUGAGCGGACAUGAAGGGGAGACCCGGUCUUGGAGACCUGAUCCAAUCAUUUCAGCACACAUUCGUUCGCUCCCUCCGUACGUGCCGA